CUUUGCUUAAUAUCACUCCGCUUUAUUCACUUAUGAGAUCUGGAUACUUUUCUCACUCUGCUACUAAGGGCAUGCUUUGCUGCUGAAGAAUGAAGAUUGUGAUCUUUUCAGGCCCAACCUUUGAUUGGGUGUUGAAACUUCCCUAUUAGGAUAAAAGCCUCUGCCGGGGGUGCAGACUUUCAAGACAAGCAAUACUACCAGCAUACAUGCUUAUAAUUAUUGCUGAUUAUGAAUCAUAGAAUGGCUGCUUCUGUAUUGUUCUUGUGUCUUUUUUGCCUGGGAUCAGCAGAGGCUGGGAAGCUAUUAGUAGUUCCUUCAGAUGGCAGCCACUGGACAGGCAUGAAGCCUUUGGUGGAGGAGCUCGGCCGUAGAGGAAACCAGGUGGUGGUCGUCAUCCCAGAAGCGAGUUUGAGCAUGGGUCCAUCACAGCAUACCACCACUCUGACAUAUCCAGUGAACUACACCAAGGCCCAGCUACAGGAGCAAGUGAAUGCAGGUGUUACUACUCUGACAAGUGUAGAUGUAUCUACAGAUCUGGCCAGGCUUCAGAAUUUCAUCAAUACUAUGGAUCUGCUGAAUGUUCUUAUAACCCGGAAUGUGGAGGGUUUACUCUCCAACAAGGACUUAAUGAAGAAGCUGCACGAGUACAACUUUGAUGCGAUUCUCACAGACCCAUUUGAGCCUACUGGACCUAUUGUUGGUGAAUUUCUCUCAAUUCCAGCCAUUUAUAUGCAAACAAGCCAUCCUUGUGGUGCUGACGCUCUUGCCAGUCAAUGCCCAGCUCCAGCUUCUUAUGUUCCACAAGGUUUUACUCAUUUUACUGACCGCAUGAAUCUUUGGCAAAGAAGUGUGAACCUGGUAAGGACUCUUCUUCAGCCCAUGGCUUGUGAGCGUAUGUUUGCUCGUGCAGAUGAGCUCGCCUCACAAGUACUUCAGAGAAAAACAUCAAUGGUGAAGAUCAUGAGCCGUGCAGCUCUCUGGUUUGUGCAUUCUGACUUUGCCUUUGAAUUCCCACGUCCGUUGAUGCCUAACAUUAUCAUAGUCGGAGGAAUGGACAGCAAGAAAGCAGAACCUUUGCCACAGGAGCUGGAGGAGUUUGUGAACGGUUCUGGAGAGCAUGGGUUUGUGGUCUUCACUCUGGGCUCCAUGGUGUCACAGUUACCCGAGGCUAAAGCCAGAGAGUUAUUUGAGGCAUUCAGGCAGAUACCUCAGAGGGUGCUAUGGAGGCACACUGGACCAGUCCCUGAAAAUGCUCCAAAGAAUGUCAAACUGAUGAAGUGGCUGCCACAAAAUGAUCUCUUGGGCCAUCCUAAGGUUAAGGCUUUCAUUACACAUGGUGGAUCACAUGGAAUCUAUGAAGGAAUCUGUAAUGGGGUGCCAAUGGUGAUGCUUCCUCUGUUUGGCGACCAAGGGGAUAACGUUCAGCGCUUAGUGUCUCGAGGAGUUGCAGAAGCGCUGAGUAUCCAUGAUCUGACCGCAGAAAAACUGCUGGUUGCAUUGAGAAAGGUCAUCAAUGACAAAAGCUACAAGGAGAAGAUAACAGAGCUUUCAGCUAUUCAUAGGGACCGUCCCAUUGAGCCUUUGGACCUGGCUGUGUUCUGGACUGAGUUUGUUAUGAGACACAAAGGGGCAGCACAUCUCAGACCUGCAGCCCACGAGCUGAACUGGAUUCAGUAUCAUUCUCUGGAUGUCAUUGGCUUUCUCCUUCUCAUUCUAGUGACUGUUAUUUUUGUGACUGUCAAAAGCUGCAUGUUCUGUUUCAGGAAGUGCUUCAAGAAAACGCAGAAAAAGAAGAAGGAAUAGAUAUAUUAAGUCAUAAUUUUGCAAUGUCUGUUUUUGUGGGAUGAUUGUAUAGAGACUUGUUUAAUCUGUGUUUUUAUAACAUGAAUACCUCCAUAACCUGGAUCAGUGACUUGAAUAAAGCAUCACAAAACCUA